AUGGCUGUAAAGUCUAUACACCGUCGAUCAUCGUGUGUCAACGUCCAUGCUGUGUCUUGCGGUCACUUUACUCUUCCGGAACAUCAAUUUGUCAAGCCUUCGACUCUUGAAGCGCGCAGAACAGUUCCUUCGUUAGCGUUCCUCAUCCAGCACAAAGACAACUCAGGCAGAACAACGCGUAUUCUGUUUGACCUCGGGCUCCGAAGGGAUCUGAAGAGAUACCCGACGCCGAUUCAAAGGCACACCGAAAAUAGACGACCAAUCACGACAGGACCGGAUGUUGUGAGGCGCUUAGCCAGAGGUAGAUUGAGACCGGACGGUAUUGACUAUGUUGUCUACUCGCAUCAUGACCUUCUACCCGAAGGGCGCAGCAUAGAGCUUUCCGACCCACUGGACGACAAAAUCUAUGCCCACGACUCCAACUCAGAACCGGCAACACCCAGCUUCUCUGUCCCAUGGCGUCUUCAUCCGACUUUUAAUCUCCCAGAUACUCUCGACAUUUUCAGUGACGGCUCAGUACUCAUCGUCAACGCCCAAGGUCAUCUGCCGGGGUACAUUAACCUCUUCACCCGCACGUCAGAGCAGCGUUACAUGUAUCUCAGUGGCGACGUAUGUCACGACUGGCGUCUGCUGACCGGCGAGAAGCAGAUCGGCGACUGGACUGAUGCGGAGGGGCAUGUAUGUUGUAUCCACGUGGACCGCGAGGCCGCUGAGACGAUUCGGAGGAUCAGGAGGCUGGAAGACAGGGGAGUGGAAGUUGUGUUCGCCGAUGAUGUUGAGUGGGAGAAUGACCCGAAGAAUAGCAGCAGGUUCUUUGGUGCUGGGUAGUAAUAGGCAGGCG